CCGCGCCGUACCGCAGCCCUCCGUCCGUCCGACCGCGCGGCUCGCCGAGCGGACUCUGCGCCUGGCGUGCGCCGCCGAUGGUGAUGGAGCCACGGGCGCCGUGAAGCUGCAGCCGGUCGGUCGCCAACAAAGGCUGGGACGAGAUGAAAUGGUAGGAGGCGUUUGUAUGGGCUAGCCCGUGGAGAUCAACUCGCCCUAACCAUGUCGAAGAGCCUCAAGAAGAAGAACCACUGGACCAACAAAGUCCACGAAGCGGUGGUGACGCGGGGGAAGGACGGGGAGCUGGGGUUCGAGCUGAAGGGGGGCGCGGAAAUCGGCCAGUUCCCCCACUUCGGCGAGGUGAAGCAGGGGAAGGGGCAGAUCCAGAGCGGCAAGCUGGCCCAGGACGAGCUGCUGCUGGAGGUCAACGACAUGCCGGUGGCCGGGCUCACCACCCGGGACGUGACGGCGGUGAUCAAGCACUGCAAGGACCCGGUCCGCUUCAAGUGUGUCAAACAAGGGGGAGUGGUUGACAAGGAUUUGCGGCACUACCUCAACCUGCGCUUCUCCAAGGGCUCAGUGGACCACGACCACCAGCAGAUCAUCAGAGACAACCUCUACCUCCGCACCGUUCCCUGUACCACCAGGCAGCCUAAGGAGGGGGAGGUGCCGGGGGUGGACUACAACUUCGUGAGUGUGGAGCGUUUUAUGGAACUGGAGCAAAGUGGAGCCCUGCUAGAGAGUGGAACCUAUGAAGAUAACUUCUACGGCACACCAAAACCUCCAGCCGAGCCGUCCCCUGCAGCCCCUCCUCUGAAUGUGAGUGAGGCCCUGCUGCCCGGAGCCCGGCCCAGCGCCCAGGGCAAGAGGAAGAGGAACCAGUCAGUCAGCAACAUGGAGCAACGCGCCAGCCUGGAGCCGCCCGAGGAGGAGGAAGAGGAGAGCCCGAUAGUCAAUGGCAAUGGGGUGGCCAUCACACCAGAGUCCAGUGAACACGAGGACAAGAGCACAGAUGCCUCUGGGGAGGUUGCUGUUGAGGUCUCCAGCCAGGCCCCCGCCUCCGCUGAGCCCCCCACCGAAGAAGAGGAAGAAGAAGAAGAAGAUGAAGAGGCUCCAAAAUCUCCUUCCAAAUCCCCCAUCAAAGUCCCAGAUGCCGAUGAGGAAGAGCUCGGUCCUCUGCCUGACAACUGGGAGAUGGCCUACACUGAGAAGGGGGAGGUCUACUUCAUUGAUCACAACACCAAAACAACAUCAUGGCUUGAUCCUCGGCUCGCUAAGAAAGCGAAGCCACCAGAAGAAUGCAGGGAAGACGAGCUGCCCUAUGGCUGGGAGAAGAUAGAUGACCCCAUCUAUGGCAGCUACUAUGUAGAUCACAUCAAUCGAAGGACUCAGUUCGAGAACCCAGUCCUCGAAGCAAAGAGACGCCUGGAGCAGCAGCAACAGAUGCAGAGCCAGGGACUGUCCGCUCUACCUUUGCCCACUAUAUACAGAGAGAAGCCGUUAUUUACAAGAGACCCGACUCAACUGAAGGGCACCUUCCUGUCCACCGGCCUGCAGAAGAGCAACAUGGGAUUUGGCUUCACGAUCAUCGGAGGCGACGAGCCGGACGAGUUCCUGCAGGUGAAGAGUGUGAUACCAGAUGGACCUGCCGCUCAGGAUGGAAAGAUGGACACAGGUGACGUCAUCGUCUACAUUAAUGACAUCUGUGUGCUCGGCACCACGCACGCCGACGUGGUCAAACUGUUUCAGUCGGUGCCGAUUGGUCAGAGUGUGACCCUUGUGCUCUGUCGAGGAUAUCCUCUGCCUUUCGACCCCGAGGACCCCAAUGCAGCCGCGAGCGCCUCCCUGACACCCAUUGGCCUGGAGCACCGCCCCCUGGUGGUGAACGGCCGCGGCAGCUACGACCCGUACCUGGAGUACCUGUCCCUGAGCUCCCAGCUGCCUCCGCAGGCUCUGGCCCAGGCUGGGCAUCACCCCGGGGACACGCAUCUAGACGGCUCCUCCCUGCCGCCCACCACGCCCGGCUCAGCCUCGGCGCUCACGCCUCACGAAGACAACGUGUCCAUGGCCUCCUCGGGAACUGCAGGGGUUGCCGGGGCAACUGCACAAGGGGCAGAGCUACUGACGGUUACUAUGGUGAAAGGAGCGGAAGGAUUUGGGUUCACUAUUGCUGACAGUUCCACUGGUCAACGAGUGAAACAGGUGCUGGACCCGGGCUCCCAGGCAGCGUCGGGGCUGAUAGAGGGAGACCUGAUCCUGGAGGUGAACCAGCAGCCGGUGGCCUCAGCCGGACACGGGCGAGUGGUGGAGAUGCUGAAAGAGUGUCCUGUGGGAGCCGAGGCAACGCUCCUCAUACAGAGAGGAACAGGCCACAUCUCUCCAUGGAAGGCGUCCAAACAGUUGACAGACCAGUGGGACCCACAUGGCAGCCCACAGGCGAGCUUGUCCGGUCAGCUCUUGCCGCCUGGCACUUCGUUCCCGAACCAGCCGCAGCACCGCACCUCUGUGCCUGAUUCAACCGAAGGCUUCGACCUCAGCAAACCUGACCCUUAUGACCUUUAUGAGAAGUCGAGAGCCAUCUACGAGAGCCGGCGUCCAGAGUAUGAGGAGGUGGAGGUGCACCUGCUGAGGGAGAAGACCGGGUUCGGCUUCCGUAUCCUGGGGGGAGACGAGGCCGUGCAGGCUAUUGUUAUCGGCGCCAUCAUAGAGAACACGCCCGCUGAGCGCGAUGGGCGGCUUCAACCCGGGGACGAGCUCAUCUCUGUGGAUAAAAACGUGGUUGCUGGGAAACCGCACAAAUACGUGAUAGACCUGAUGCACGCGGCUGCUCGCAACGGUCAAGUCAGCUUGACUGUGAGGAGGAGAGUGCAAAUGCCUGGUGAACUGUGUCCUGUGAACGGCCGCAGCCCCGGCUCAGUGUCGACCCAACACAGCUCCCCACGCAGCGACGCCGCCUCGGCCUCGGGCCCUCCAGCCAUCGUUGCCCCCGCUGCCACCUCUCCUCCAGAGGGAUCCGGGCUGCAAACCAGUGAUGUGGUUAUUCACCGCAAGGAGAACGAGGGCUUCGGCUUCGUCAUCAUCAGCUCCCUGAACAGACCGGAGAACGCCGCUGUCAUCACUGUGCCUCAUAAAAUAGGACGAAUCAUCGAGGGCAGCCCGGCAGACCGAUGCGGGAAGCUGAAGGUGGGCGACCGGAUCCUGGCUGUGAACGGACAGUCCAUCAUCAGCAUGCCUCACGCAGAUAUCGUCAAGCUCAUCAAAGACGCUGGGCUAACGGUCACGCUGCACAUCAUUCCAGAGGAGGGUUCUCAUUCUGGCCCCGGCUCAGAGAAGCAGAGCCCAAUGACCCAGAAACACAGCCCUCAGACCCAGCCCAGCCCUGUAGCCCUGCCAAGCCAAGGAAGCCUCCAGCCCAGCCAAACAGCUCCCCAGCCGGGCCAGACGGCCACGCAGCCAGGUCAGGCACCUGUCCAGUCCGGCCAGACACUCACUCAGACAAGUCAGGCAGCGACGGGCCCUCCCGCGCCCGCAGCCUCCCAGCCCGCACCAGCUGGAUCCCAGCAGAGCCCGGUCAGCCAGCCCUCCGGCCUCCCUCCACAGCUCUACCUCCACGACGGCAGGUCAGAGGUAAAAGCCAGACAGGAUGUCAAACCUGACUUCCGCCAUCCUCCGUUCACUGAUUACAGGCAACCUCCGGUAGAUUACCGCCACCCACCGGUUACCGAUUAUCGACAGCCUCCCACCCUGGACUACCGACACCCGCCUGGUCUGCUGGACUUUAGACCACAUCCCGCCGCAGCACAGUUCCCCCUGGGGCUCCCUGCUGACUUCAGACCCCAGGACUACGAUUACUUCACAGUGGAGCUGGAGAAAUGUGCCAAAGGUUUCGGCUUCAGUAUCCGCGGAGGCAGAGAGUACAAGAUGGACCUGUUUGUGUUGCGCCUUGCUGAAGACGGUCCUGCCAUACGUAAUGGAAGGAUGAGGGUGGGGGAUCAGAUCAUAGAGAUUAACGGGGACAGCACUCGAGACAUGACUCAUGCCCGAGCCAUUGAACUCAUCAAGGCGGGAGGCCGGCGGGUCAGGCUGCUGUUAAAGAGAGGCACGGGACAGGUGCCAGAUUAUGCAGACUCUACCAACCCCUGGGAUUCCCUUUCUACAGCCCACUCUGCCCUGCAGGAAGUGACCCUCGAGCCCCACCCGAUUCCAUUGCUCUCAUCCCAUCCAGCCUCAGCCCCAGACUCCCCCCAUCAACUCCUCCUAGAGGCCACAGUUUGCAUGGCAGAGAAAGCUCCACAGCUGACAGACCACUGCUCCAUUAGAGGGGCUACAGGUGGCAGGUCCACCCAGCAGAGGGGCAUCAUCAGGGGGCAGGGAGCCCCUCAGGGGUCUGGAGAGGUGGACGGUGGACUGGUUGACAGACAGCCUCGGGCAUUGCCUCCUAAAGCUGUCCUGGGGAGGUCCGUCGAAAGACGAGAGAGGCCGAAGGAGACGUGCUCCCCCUGCUGUGAGAGAAAGGGCCUGCACACACAGGCCAUGAGCACUGUCUGGCCCUGGGACGCAUAUGUGAGUGUGAAUUCAAACGGAGCCUCUCUGGCAAGUGGAGAUGGACAUGUCAACCUCCAGGAGAGGCCGGUGUCUCGAGGUCUGUACCUCAGAGAGGAGGAGAGGGCCGGUGGUCACAGUGGGCUCUGCUGCCCCUCGAAAACUGUGGAGGAUCCUCCUGCGAGGAGUGCAGCUGCCUCCCCCGGACCCUGGAACAUUCCCGGGUCUGAUAAACUGCCUGGCACCCUGAGGUCCUGGACCUCCACUGUAAGCAGGUAGAAAGGAUCUAGCUGGUUUGAACUGGAUCACACUGUCUGGCUCCUCAUUCAGUUCACCAUCAGAUAUCUGAGAACAAGUGUAAAUCUCCCUCACUCCCUCGUUCUGUUCGGUUUUCUUCUCCAUUUACUUCUGAAAUCAUACUUUGUUUUGUUCUUACCAGAUGAUUAUUACACCCGCCACCUUAAAAAACAGACAAAUGUUCACAGCUAUUGUGACAUAGAGUAUAAACCCUGAUGGACUCGAUAUGAAGACAUUUUAGACCCUCGGCUGCCAGAGUUUAUGCUUUGAUCCCAGACGGAGAGAUGAUGUCUGAGUUAACAGACUUUUACCGCUCAACGGAAUCUGGCUCACAUCGGUUAGUGCACCAUAACCCCCUAUGGAAAAAGGUUGGUCUCCGGGGAGAGACAUAUGUGCAUCCAAGAGGUUUACUUGUGCUCCAUUUUCUCUGUGCAGUGGCAAGAAAUGAGACGACAAAUGUGUCAGAGGGAGGAAGUGACACUGAAACUCCUGGAGGACAUGGCACUGACCCAUGUGGUUAACCCGACAUAUGUUAAGAUCUCACACGCCUACCUAUAUAUCAUAUACUGUAAAUGUAAAGAUGUGAUAAAUAUGUACAUUUGGUUAACUUCAAAACGAACCUGUCUGUGUUUUUCAAGGCAGUGUUGUAGUUAGAAAAAACAAAAAAACACAGGACAGUAUUUUAGGAUCAAUAUUUCCGCGGCCCUGCUAUGACUACAUAUCAAAGACUGUGACAGUCACCAAACUGCUGAGGGAGGCAGUGGUCAUGUGCAUGGAUGUAAACCACCAUGUCCUAACACAUGUCUUCUAGAGGUAGAACAUCGGGAGGACAUCCUCUGUGGAGCCGAACAGUCGCUUCUCGUGUGAGACAUUCUUUCUUUUUUUUCAUUAAACUCAACUUCUGGGUGACUGACGCCAGUUGGCUUAGUAAGAACUCAUCAUACUGUUCUGAGUGAUGUACACAACCAGAUCACAAGUCAACCAUGCAGUCAUUGUGCAGAAUUUCGAAGCUGUGCCGUCUUCAUUUGAUGCUCAACAGGAAAGAGAAAAAAAACUGUCCCGUCUAUAAUUCCCAUUUCUAUGCCUUUUACUGUGCUAAGUGCACCACAUCACUGUGGGAGAGGGGCAUCGGUGCGGGCAGGAGGAGGCCGAUGGUUACGAGGUGGGGCGGAGUGCCUUACUCAAACUAAUGCAGAGCUGUAGGGAUUUGUUUUGUUCUGGGAACCGAAUGCAAAACAGAUGUUAGUGACCACGCACACACAUAUCAGCAGCCCGUUGAGUUGUGGGGCCUGUUUCCUUCGGACUUAACACCGAGCAGUAUCUGCAGUUAUCUUGAUGCACUCUCAGCUUUAUAGCGAAUCAAAGUCUACGAUUGCCCUCGUCCCCCCCUGGUUUCGAAAGAGGGGAAACGAUGUAGCCUGUAGCAUUACACCCUCUUCUCGGAGAGUAAACCUGGGAGAGUCGAGCCGUGAACGUUAUUCCAGACAGGGUUAUUAUCUAAGUGGACCGUGGUUUCUGUUGUGUGUUAAUUACAGCUUUAUUUGUCUGUUCCACACACACACACACGCAGGAAGCGGCGAUUUUCCGUGAAACAUACAUUUAUUGAGACAUCCGUCGAGUCGAAGGCAUGCUGCUAUUAAACCACAGAUCAAGUCACCAUCCUCCUGCAUUUAUCUCAAUUUUGAUAUUGUUUGUUUGCUCUCAUUCAAAAUCAAUCACCACCGUUUUUUUAGUACUGAAGGAAAUAUAAGUUUAAAAAGAAGAAAUUAUAAGCAUCGUUAAAAGUGGGACCGAAUGACAACAGAUCCGAGACGUUUGCGUUUGGAUCUGGAACUCGAGCACGAACCCUGUGCCUAAAGAGUCGUCCCAGUGUCUUCUGGGUAAAAAGUCCUCUGGAUGUUGGUGAGCUGACUGGACAGGUUGAAUACACCUGUGGUUCAGGUUAGCGAUUAGCAUGGGACCCGCCAUGAGGCCGUAGGAAGGUGUUCAGUGUAUGUAGGUGAGAGAUUAUGUCAUCCAGCCCCCGCCCCCCCCCCCCUGCCUGCUGUGAGUGAUUUUGUAAACAGAAACAAAACAAAAAAAAUGCUUUAUCUGAACCCGUGAAGGAUGGCACGUUCAUAAAUCCCCAUUGAGAUCAAGUAUAACUGUGUAGUGUUAAUUGUGUACUAUUCACCUUGUACAGCUGUAUUCCUACAAAUAUGGUUUACUGUAUCAUUGAUACUGUAGUUUCAAAGACGUGAACAACUAUUUUUAUGAAAUGCGACAGUACUGAUAUAUUACAUUUUGCUAAAAAAUAAAAAAACUUGUUUACUGAAAGAUAUUCUGAAAUACUGUCAAAUAAACUCUUGACAUG